AUGGAUGCCUUUUAUAUUUAUUCGGAUAAGGGUAAUUUGUUAGUAGAACAAAUUUUUGAUAAGGAUAUAAAUGGGUACUUGGUGCAGAAAGAAAUGACAGAUAUGAUAUUGAACAAAAAUAAAAUAGAAAGAUCUUAUUGUAUACUGAUAAAUGAUGAUUAUGAUGAGAGUGUAAUAAGAAAAAAUUAUGAUGAUAAGUUUAUAUUUUUUAUUAAAAGAGAUGAUUUGUAUUUUAUUAUUUUAAAAAAGGAUGAUAAAGAUCCCAUGAUGAUUAUUGAGAUAAUGCGAGAAAUUACAAAUAUUUUUAAAAAAUAUUUUAACAUAGAAAAAUUAAGUGAAAGUAUUUUAAUGAAUAAUUAUUCUGUUGUAAAUUUUUUAAUUAAUGAAAUAUUAGUACAAGGAGGAAAACCGAACAUAUUUGUAGAUGAAAUUUUGAAAAAUUUAGUGAAAAAUGAUUCUGGAUUUCUUAAUGAGACUUUGAAAUAUUCACCUAUUCCAAAUAAUUUGUACAAUAUGAUUGCACAAAGGAAAAACAACUUAAUGUUAAAUACGUGUAAAGACAAGAAUAUAAAUUACAGUUAUAGUAAUGGGACAUCAAUUAAUUCGAUGGAUUCUAGAAAUGUUUAUUGGAGAUCAAAUAAUAUAGUAUAUUCUUGUAAUGAAAUAUAUGUAGAUGUAAUUGAAAACGUAAAUUGUGUUUUGAACAAAAAUAAUCGAAUAAUUCAUUUUUCAGUUCAAGGGAAUGUUAUUGUUAAUUGCACAAUUACAGGAUCACCAUUAAUUAAGUUAUAUUUUAAUAAAAAUAUUGAUUUGAAAUUAUGUCAUCUACAUUUUACUGUUAAUUAUAAUAUGCUAAUUCGAAAAAGUAUAUUAAAUCAAGAAGAAGAAAAAAAUGCAAUUCAUUUCGUGCCCAUGAACGAAGAAUAUAUGAUCAUGCAAUAUUUUGAUUAUAUUCCUUUAGAAGAUAUUAAUAAGAGGGCCUUAUGUAAUAAGGAAAAUAGUACUUUUAGUACCGUGGAUGAACUAACAGAUGUGCUAAAUUUGAAAAAUGGAAAUAUUGAAAAUAGUAAUACUGGCACUAGAAUAACUAAGAACACGCAAGAAGGUAAUCAAAAGGUAGAUAAGAAAAAGGGCUUGACAAGUGGAAGUAUAAAGCCAGAAAAGGGAAAUGUUAUGGAAAAUGAAAAAAAAGAAUAUACAUCUGUGAAUGCUGAACAUCUCAAUCACACUGAAAUGAUGAAGAAAAAAAUUCGAGAUGAAAUUUUUUGUGAAAACUGCAACAAUUUUAAGAGACCUUUACGAAAUAAAAAAAGUAUCCAUAAGAGUAAUGCAAAGAAUGGAUGGAAAAAUAUGGUAUGUGUAUGUACUAAUAAUAAAGGGAAGAAGACUGGAGGGGAUAUCCAAUUAAAUAAAAGUAUUAAGAAUAAUAAUAUUAGUAGUAAUAGUUUUCUAUUGGAUGAUGAAGAAAAUAAUGAAAGGUAUUUACUACCUGUCAGUGUUAAGGGUAGUGUUGUUUAUGUACCAUCAGAAUAUAUGUACAGCAUCAAAAUUCAGGUUAAUUUGAAUAAUAUCAAUAAAAAUAAUAAUAGCAAUAUGAUACUAAAUAGUUAUGAAAAUAUAUUUAUGAAAAUUCCAGUACACAAUUUUAUACGAUCUGUUAAUUUUCAGUGUACUAUUGGGAAAAUGACAUACAAUGAUAAUGUAGGUUCAGUACUAUGGUAUAUUCAAAAUGUUGUAGAUACUAGCAUACCCAUAUCAGCAAAUAUAUUCAUGUAUAUAAAACCGAAUGAAGAUGGACUAUAUUAUAAUCAUGAUUAUUAUUAUGAUAAAUUAUUAAUCUGUAGCAAUAACGACCUUUUUAAUGGUAUUUCUGAUACUACUCAAAAAAAUGGAAUUUCAAAUUAUUGCUAUGUAGGUAUGCACAAUGAAAAAUGCAAUAAUAACGAAACAGAUAUUUACAAGGACGAUUCGAUUGAAUACUAUAAUGGGAAUGCAUGUGUAUAUCCUGCUUUCAGUUUUCCAGUCUACAUUAGUUUAAAAAUUAAUGGUAUAGCAAUUUCUGGAAAAGGCGUUGAGAAAAUUGAAAUUGUUGAGCCAAAGAAUUUGCAAGUACGUAAGGCGUGCAGAUACACCACUUUUUAUAGUCAUAUAGAAUUUAGAAUAUAA